AGAUUAAGGCAAUCAGAUUAGUUGAGUCAGUCAGGAGCAGUAAAUUUGGCUGUUGCGUUUCUGCGACUAUCAUGGACUGUAAUUAUGUACAUUUCUGUGUGAAUGUUAAGGAACUCAUAUUUUUUCAGCACUGAGGUCUGUUGCAGCUUGUUGACCCCUACAAGGGGUUAAGUUGGAGCCAUGAACACCAGCAGCCAGACCCGGCUGCUGCUCUGGAAGAACUGGACACUCCGCAAGAGACAAAAGAUUCGCUUCCUGGUUGAGAUUCUGUGGCCUGUGUUUUUAUUCAUUGGACUUGUGUGGCUACGAAGAGCCAAUCCCCUGUAUCGCCAACAUGAAUGUCAUUUUCCCAGCAAGGCUAUGCCCUCAGCGGGAAUCCUGCCUUGGUUUCAAGGAAUUUUCUGCAAUGCUAAUAACCCAUGUUUUCGUCAUCAAACUCGAGGAGAGUUGCCUGGGGUCGUUUCCAACUACCACAACUCCAUACUGGCACGAUUUUACCAAGAUUCACAGGAGCUGCUGUUGAACGACACUGAGUUCCAUCAGCUCGGCCGUCUGUGGCAUGAAGCCACCAUCAUGAACAACUUCAUGGAGACGCUGCGCACCAAUCCUGCGCUGGUGGCAGGUAAAGGACUAAAAGUAGAGCACAUUCUGAAGGAUGAUGAGGGUCUAACGUCAUUCCUGCUGCGGGACGCUGGGCUUUCAGAGGCGGUGGUGUAUGAUCUUACAAAUGCACAAGUGCGGGUGGAGCAAUUUGCAUAUGGAAUCCCGGAUCUGACUCUGAAAGAGAUCGCCUGCAGUCAGGCUCUUCUGGAGCGAUUCCUCAUCUUCCCCAGCCAUGGAGGGCUGUACGGGGUCCGCAAUGCCAUGUGUGCCCUUUCCCAGCAAAGACUGCAGAACAUCGAGGACGUGCUGUAUGCCAACAUAGACUUCUUCAAGCUCUUACGACUUGUCAGUCAUGACGCUUUUUCUUUACACGCACUACUUAGCACAGUUAUACUGAUGUUUAGAGGACUGAGAUGUUAUUCAGUAGCAAAAUAUGAUCAAGUGUAAUGCCUGAAAAGGCUACUUUCAAAUUUAAAUGGAUUGAAAAUUUUGUGUACAGUAAAUGCAAUAAAUACAACUUUGCAGUGCUGACUGAAUAAAACUUGAAUAAUG